AUCCAGCUCAUUCGCAUUCAGCGCAGAGUGCCGGAGUACGGCUGGACCACGCAAAAGGUCUUCCACCUUCUCAACUUCGUCGUCAAUGCCUUGCGAGCCGUGGUGUUUCUCUUCCGCGAGGAGGUGGAGGUCCUAAGCACAGGUCCCAACCAUGUAUUCGCACAUGUGCUUCUGGACCUCCCCGGUCUUCUCUUCUUUACCACCUACACCCUGCUCGUACUCUUCUGGGCCGAAAUCUACCACCAGGCGCGCGGCCUGCCCACAGACAACCUGCGGCCGUACUUCAUGGCGGCCAACGUUGGCGUCUACGUGCUGCAGGCGGCCAUCUGGGGAGUCAUGUGGUUCGACCACAAGGACAUGCUCACAAUCGACCUCAUCGCCAAGCUCUUCUUUACCGCUGUCUCGCUAGCAGCAGCAGCAGGCUUUCUGCUGUAUGGCGGCAGGCUCUUCCUCAUGCUGCGGCAGUUCCCCAUUGAGUCAAGGGGUCGUAGAAAGAAGCUUCAUGAGGUUGGCUUCGUGACUCUCAUCUGCUUCUCCUGCUUCAUCGUUCGAGCAGCCGUGAUCGCUUAUUCAGCCAUUGUGAGCACGGCAUGGCUGGACGUGGUGGCAGACCCAUGGGUCAACGUCGCCUACUAUGCUGUAAGCCCCACCCCCUUCCCCUGCACCCACAUGCCCCUGCACCGCACCCACAUGCCCCUGCACCGCACCCACACGCCUGUUGUUUCACGAUCCUCCCCAAAUUGGCUGGACGUGGUGGCAGACCCAUGGGUCAACGUCGCCUACUAUGCCGUAAGAGCCACCCCCUUCCCCCGCACCCACAUGCCCCUGCACUGCACCCACACGCCUGUUGUUUCACAAUCCUCCCCAAAUUGGCUGGACGUGGUGGCAGACCCAUGGGUCAAUGUCGCCUACUAUGCUCAACCCCACAUCGUAGCAGCAGCAGCCCAUGUCAGCAGCGCUGGCAUGAUUCAAUUGAGCAGCCCGUGCUCCUUUUCCCCCCUCUCUCCUUAUCUGCUCUCCCUCUCUGCCUCUGCUCUCUUCCCUUCUCUGGCCUCUCUCUUCCUCUGCGUUCUCUUCCUCGUCUGCGUGCAUGCCUCCUCGUCUGUGUGCAUGCCUCCUCGUCUGUGUGCAUGCCUCCUCGUCUGUGUGCAUGCCUCCUCGUCUGUGUGCAUGCCUCCUCGUCUGCGUGCAUGCCUCCUCGUCUGUGUGCAUGCCUCCUCGUCUGUGUGCAUGCCUCCUCGUCUGUGUGCAUGCCUCCUCGUCUGUGUGCAUGCCUCCUCGUCUGUGUGCAUGCCUCCUCGUCUGUGUGCAUGCCUCCUCGUCUGCGUGCAUGCCUCCUCGUCUGCGUGCAUGCCUCCUCGUCUGUGUGCAUGCCUCCUCGUCUGUGUGCAUGCCUCCUCGUUCUCCCCCAGUGUGUGCACUUCAUCCCCUUCCCGUCUCCUUCCCUACUCACAAUUUCCCUCCCACCCCGUCCUCUCACCUUCCCCAGUGCGUGGAGCUCACCCCAGCAGCCCUGGUGCUCUACAUUCUGCGCAAGCUGCCUCGCUCCCACCUGACGUUAUGCCCCCAUCACCCCCCUCUUCUCCCUCUUCUCCCUGUUCCCCCUCCUUUCUCGCUCACCAGUGUGUGGAGCUCAUCCCAGCAGCGCUGCUGCUCUACAUUCCGUGCUGCCACCUGACGUCAUGA